GGGGCGGGACAGUAACUCUAUUGGGAAGGGAGUUGAGUUUGAGGAAGUAGUAAGGAAGGUUGGGGGGAGGGGUCCCGUGGGACCCUUGGAAGCAGCCGGAGAAGGACCGGAAGACGUACCGUCUUCCCGGGAGCUGAGAGCCACUGUCCGGCCUCUGCACCGCUGCAACCCGAGCCUGCCACACCUGACGUCGUUGUGGCUUCUCGCCUUCCACCCUUCUCCCCUGGCCGUGGGCUCCUCCCGCCGCCAUGACAUCUGCCAAUCUCCAGAAAGCAAUAGACCUUGCUAACAAAGCAGCACAAGAAGAUAAAGCAGGGAACUAUGAAGAAGCCCUCCAUCUAUAUCAAAAUGCUGUACAGUAUUUUAUCCAUGUAGUUAAAUAUGAAGCACAAGGUGACAAAGCAAAGCAAAGUAUCAGGGCAAAGUGUACAGAAUAUCUUGAUAGAGCCGAGAAACUAAAAGAAUACCUGAAAAAGAAAGAGAAAGCCCCCCAGAAGCCAGUGAAAGAGGGACAAUCCAGCCCAACUGAUGAGAAGGGAAAUGACAGUGAUGGGGAUGGAGAAUCAGAUGACCCAGAAAAAAAGAAACUACAGAAUCAACUUCAAGGUGCCAUUGUUAUAGAACGACCAAACGUAAAAUGGAGUGAUGUUGCUGGGCUUGAAGGAGCCAAAGAAGCUCUUAAAGAAGCUGUGAUAUUGCCCAUUAAGUUUCCACAUCUUUUUACAGGUAAAAGAACCCCUUGGAGGGGCAUCCUUCUUUUUGGGCCACCUGGAACAGGGAAAUCCUACUUGGCCAAAGCAGUUGCUACGGAAGCCAACAACUCAACAUUUUUUUCCAUAUCUUCUUCUGAUCUUGUCUCCAAGUGGCUAGGUGAAAGUGAAAAGUUAGUUAAGAAUUUAUUUCAGCUUGCUAGAGAAAACAAGCCUUCCAUCAUCUUCAUUGAUGAAGUUGAUUCUUUGUGUGGCUCUAGAAGUGAAAAUGAAAGUGAAGCUGCCCGGCGAAUUAAAACAGAAUUCCUAGUUCAAAUGCAAGGGGUUGGUGUGGAUAAUGAUGGAAUUUUGGUACUGGGAGCUACAAAUAUACCCUGGGUUCUGGAUUCUGCUAUCAGGCGAAGAUUUGAGAAACGUAUUUAUAUUCCUUUACCUGAAGAUCAUGCCAGGACAGCAAUGUUUAAAUUACAUUUGGGGACUACACACAACAGCCUAUCAGAAGCAGACUUCCGAGAACUGGGGAAAAAGACAGAUGGCUAUUCAGGAGCUGACAUCAGUAUCAUUGUACGAGAUGCACUGAUGCAACCUGUGAGGAAAGUUCAGUCAGCUACUCAUUUCAAAAGAAUUAGAGGUCCUUCGCCCACUAAUCCUAAUGUCAUAGUAGAAGAUUUACUUACUCCAUGCUCUCCGGGUGAUCCUGGUGCCAUUGAAAUGACAUGGAUGGAUGUCUCUGGAGAUAAACUUUUGGAGCCAGCUGUUUCCAUGCCUGACAUGUUACGGUCAUUAGCUAGCACAAAGCCAACUGUUAAUGAGCAUGACUUGCUGAAAUUAAAGAAGUUUACGGAAGAUUUUGGUCAAGAAGGCUAAUCCAAAGACAAACAGAAAAAAAUUGACCAUACUUUUUUUCUUUUAUAGGCAUUCUUGCCUCUUUGGGGAUGGCAUUUAAAUAUCUGUGGACUUUAAAAAAUGUUGUUUUUUUUUUUUUAAUUCCUUCUCCACAAGAGAAUGAAGAUCUCUUUUGAAAGUUCCUUUAGUUUUAUGUUCUUUUUCUUCCAAUUUGUAUUAUCUCCUGUUUAACCAAAAAAAAAAAAAAAAAAGUAAGAUGGUGUAUGGGGAAAUUAGUGGCGUACUGAGUGGUAAAUAGCUCUUACAUUACAUUUUUUUCUAUACCUGCCAUAAAAUACUGUCACAUAGACUUGAAGUUAAAUGAACUGUGACAUGUGCUUUGGAGAAGAGAUCUUCUUAAACAUCAUUUUUAUUAUCUAAGUCAAUUGAUUUUCCUACAAAAAUUAUUUUAAAAAAUUAAAAUUUUGUGGAAAGAAAGAUCACUGCAAAAAGCAAGGAACAUUGUAAUCUGGUUUUAAAGAUUUUUAAUUAUGUGAUAACCAGUACUCAUAUUGAACACUGACAGGUUUUGUACUGGUUUUUUCCUCCAUGUUUAUUUAAAUAUUGCCUUAAAAAAGCAGUAAGCUUUUGUUUUUAACUUUACUAGUUGAUAGGAACCUUUCACUGUGCAAUCUUGGAAAACUUAAGAGACUUGACAUCAUCUUACUCUGGAGAAGAAACUUCUCUAUCUCAGUGUCCUUUUUUAUAGCAAGAAUUGACCAAAACAGAUUUUCAAUAUAUUUGUAAUUUUGGAAUACCAUGUCAUGAAAUACUGUUAUGGAAAGUUUUAAAGUAAUGGAAUGAUCAGGCUUUCAUUUGUGAGUGAUGACAUCCAUAAAUACACAUACACACUGCCUCCAUAUGUGUGUGUUGUAUUUGUAUAUGUAUAUGCACAUAUAAAAAUUAUAUAUACAUGUGUGUAUAAUUUUCUUUCCAGUGAUUAGAGUGGUAGAAUUCUGGUCACUUAGGUUUGUGAGUAAUUUGCCCUAGCCAUACUCCCCAUUUUAUACAUAUCAGUGUGAUACUUUAUCAAAGUUUUGGAAGUGGGCUGAUGUUAUCAGAUUAUUAAAUAUAAAAGUAACAUUUGGUUAUUUCUAAUAACCAUUGAAGUAUGGAUUUUAAGACCAUAAGAUAAAACACUAGCAUCAGCAUUAAGUGUGCCUUCUAAGUUUCUUUGGCUGUGAUUUUUUUAAAAGAUUGAAUUAUCUAGAACGCAUUACAUUCCAUAAUUAUUACAAAAUUCUACCUUAGAAAUGCUUUAGAACAAUUUAAAAAUAUUUGCACAUUUCAAAUAUGCAUUGUGGUUGUCUUUUGGGUUUUUCUUUUAUGUACAGAUUUUUGUGUGCUUUUUAGAAAUCCUAGAUUUGAUGAAAUAUGCUGUUCUUACAUGAAGUCAUAUGAUACACUAUCAGCUGUAUUCUUUGUCUAUUUUGGAGCUUCCAAGAAAAUGAACCCAAAUCCUUUACAAUAAGGAAUUCUAUAAAAAUUAUUCAUUAAAGUGAUGUACAUAUAAACAAUUUAAA